AUGCAGCGGAAUAUGAAACACCGAAUCGAUACUGAACCCGGAACCCCUAUUAGAUACUCACACGAGGUGCGUGGCCUUCUAACGGACAAACCCAAUAAAUAUACUGGACGAGUAAAUCUCACGGCAAAUGGAAUCCAUUCCAUUCGUACUACCAAGCCGCAGAGUUACAUGAUGAUUGCAAAGUCAUUGUCUCCAUUAGGCCGUGAUGAGUUAUGCUUUGUUCCACACGCUGAUCUGGAUGGAUGUGUAUCGGAAACGUCGGAGCCCAUAAGAUGGAGGGCGAUUUCGGCCGGAACAGGUCAAGAUUCAAAAGGGUUCCACAGUUUGAAUCCCUAUGAAAAUGACACACAAUCAGUAAAAAGCAGUACAAGUCAUUCGGAAUUAUAUGAAACCGAGCAUCCAGUCGAUUCGAAAAAGCCAAGCACCCCUCCGGGUUUGGAGUCAUUAACAACUGAUAGGUGCAAUGGGAAAAAUCAUUCAGUGAAUACGGUGCCCACAUUACAAUCAAAUUUCAUGGCAUGGAAAGAACAACGCGAGUCUAACGCAUUCAGAAACUUUGAGGAAAAGACAAACAGACUAAAGGAAGACAAUAUAUGCCUACCACCGCAUCUGUUUCAACCGAAUAGCCGUUCACUCCUCAUCUGGUUGACCAUUUUGUCCACGGCGGUGCUAUAUAAUUUCUGGAUUCCCAUAGCCAGACAAGCCUUCUACGACCUCAACGGCAGAUUAUUUUUCUUGUGGGUUGGGUUGGAUGUGUGUGCGGACUUGAUUUAUCUGGCGGAUAUAGGGGUCCAGUUCAACACCACUUACCUGAAACGGGGUUUAGUUGUGCAAAAUCGAAUAAGUUUGGCAAAGCACUACCUGCUUUCAACUCACUUCCGCUUAGAUAUUAUCUCCAUUAUUCCAUUGGAUUUGAUUCAGCUAAAAGUGGGCAUACAACCUAUGCUUAGAUUUACUCGCUUAGUCAAAAUGUAUCGUGCACGACAAUGGAAGACAAAGGUGGAAAAUCGAUCAUCAAUGCCAAAUUUGUGGCGUGUGAUAAACCUGAUUCAUGUGCUUUUCCUCGGGUGUCACUGGUUUGGAUGUACUUACUAUAUUAUUUCAACGCAUCAGAAAUUUUCAACUACCUGGGGCUAUCAACCUGAUGCCGAUGUUAACGAAACCACUCCCAGGACAUACCUGAAGACAUUCUAUUGGUCUACGCUUGCUCUCACCACAAUCGGUGUCUCAGAAGAUCCUGUGACUGACAUUGAGUUUCUAUUCAUGUGUUGCUCUUACCUCAUCGGACUUUUCGUAUUUGCGACAGUCGUCGGCCAAGUGGGCAAUAUUAUUAACACCAGAAAUGCAGCUCGUCUGGCGAUGGAAGAAAUCAUGGAUAAUGUGAAGCAUUACAUGCACGUCAAUGCUGUGGCACCGUCUUUGCAAAAGCGAAUCCUACGAUGGUACGAAUACGCAUGGAAUAAACGACAAGUAGACGGUGUUGGUGACCUCAAUGCCUUCCAAAUGCUGCCGCACAAUCUGAAAACCGAAUUAGCUCUUAAUGUGCAUCUCAAAACAUUGAAGAAGGUGAGCAUCUUUCAAGAAUGUCGUCCAGAAUUCCUCCAUGACUUGGUGCUACAAAUGAAGUCGGUAAUAUUCACGCCCGGUGACUACGUAUGCCGAAAAGGAGAAAUAGCGCGUGAAAUGUUUAUUAUUAAAGACGGGGUACUGGAAGUUGUUGGAUCCAAUGGCGUUGUGCUGGCUACCAUGCAAAGUGGUGAUUAUUUCGGGGAAAUCGGAAUUCUGAACCUGGAUGGAAAAAACAAACGGACGGCAGAUGUACGUGCUGUUGGGUAUGCAGAUUUAUUCACACUGUCGCGUGCAGACGUAUUGGAUGCAUUACAGGACCACCCAGAUGCGGAAGUUUAUAUGAUUCGGUCCGCUCGCAAACGACUUCAAGGUGCCCAAACCGCCGCGACAAAUGCCAUUCCUACUUCCACGUCGCAAUAUGAUUUGGUACAACUUCAGAAAAGAAUGUCAGGUGUAGCGGAAGUACCGUGUGAGGGAGCUCAGGCAACCAGCUCUCCGGAAGCCUUUGCAGAUAUAAAGCUAAAUCGUUUGGCUUGGGCCAAAGAGAGACAACUUGAGAGGCUCAAUGCACUGAUGUGUGAAUUUUCGAAAGAUUUUCAAACAUUACUGAUCAAUAUAAUCGAUACCUAUGAACAAGAAAUCAAGGAUAUGACUACCCUCCAAUACCAACCAGAAAUCGACCAUUAG